AUGCUCCUCCGGAGAAGAGAGUGGAAGCCGGUAACCGACUUGCUCCGCGCGCAUGGCCUGAGAUUUGCGUGGGGAUAUCCAUUUAAGAUCCUGGUCUUCAACGGCCCUAAACCUGCAGUACUCCAGCCGUCCUCCGAUAUCGUGGCAUUCCUUAAAGGCUUGGACAUUGAUGUGCCCGACGAUUUUCCGUUCCCUGCCACUGCUCCGCCAGCGCUACCCAUGCUCCCCACCGAAAGCAACGCCAUGUGA